GGUUUCUCGGGUUAGGGUUUUUGGGGCGAGGGGCGAAUCUGUGCAUGGCGCGUCUGCGAUCCUCCGGGCCUGGAAUCCGGUAUGAGAAUGGGACUAGGGAGUAGAAUCUAGGCGGUGAGCACAGCAGCGGGUGUUCUCGGGUCCGGGGCUAUGGACGAAGACGACGAUUUUGGAGAUCUCUAUGCUGGAUUGGGCGGGAGCGGCGACGCCGAGGCCCCGCGCGCUCCAGCGGCAGCUCCAGCGCCUGGAUUCAGCUUGGAAGAGGAGGACGAGGACGAUUAUCCUGGCUUUGGCGGGGAUGAUAGCGCCAGGGCCGCCGCUGGAGGUUCUUUAAACAAUGGGUCGGCCAAAGGAGCUGGUAAUCGGGGCGAAGAAUUCUCGGACGACGAGUCCGGAAGAAAUGCUGCCGAGGGGUCCGAGAGCGACAGUGACGAUGAUCUCCAGAUUGUGCUCAACAAUGUCAAGCGCGCUCCUCCAGAGGCCGAGGCUCCAGCCCUGGGUGAGAGCAAUGAGGAAGCGGAAGAAGUACCGACCGCAAACCAGCCCUGGUUGGACGAGCAAUCCACUCAGUCGGAUCAAGUUCCACCGUCGCAGCCGCCUCUCGGAGUUCCUCUGGGAGGUCCUCCUGGGAUUUUGCCUCCUGGUUUGCUGCCUGGCGAUCAAGUUGGUGCUGCUAGGCCACCUGUGGUAAAUCCUGGUGGUCCUCUGCGCCCGCCCGGGAAGUUUAUGCAUCAUGCACAGUUCAAGUAUGUGCGAGCUCCAAUGUCUGGUCCUGCCAUGAACAGUGCCCCUGGUCCGGGACUGGGAAGAGGAACUUUUCCUCCGGGUCCUUGGGGUCCUGGAAAGGGACCUCCGCUUCUUGGUUCUGGUCCGUCAAGGCCUUGGUCUGGUCCUAGUGGCUAUCCGCAUACAGAGUUUCAUCUUCCCCCAACCAAGACUGUUUUUGAUAUGGACUUGGAUGCUAUGGACGAUAAACCAUGGAGGAAUGUUACUGCGGAUAUCACUGACUACUUCAAUUUUGGCUUCAAUGAGAAUUCAUGGAGGCAAUAUUGUCAGCAACUGAGUCAACUUCGACUGGAGGCUACGAUGCAAAGCAAAAUCAGUGUUUAUGAAAGUGGUCGUUCGGAACAGCCAAUUGGUCGUGCAAUUCAAGUGGAAGGUGGAGUAGGAGAGAGGCGACCAUCCUACGAUCUUAGGCGUGGCAGAAAUCGUGACUCUAGUGAUAUUAUAGAGAUAGUCUUGAAAGACGUAGAAGUGGAGACCCCCGUGCCUUUUCUUGAUCGAAUGGACAUGGGUGAGAGUGAUUACGACAUGGGCCAUGAACAAGAUGGGCCAGACCCGCGGGCAGGGCCUCUGUUGGGAAGAAACCCGUAUAUGGAUGCAGAAGUUCCUCCUUUUUUUCCAAUGGGAAGACCGCGAGGUCCAUACCAUCGAAUGUUUCCGGGGGGCUUUGGUGGCAGGGGCGGAGUCAUGAGGCCGCCAUUCUACGAGCCUGGAAUGCCUCCACUCCCAUUGCAGAUGCGGCCAGAAGGAUUUUCAGUUGGUGCUCCUAAUGAUUUUAAUGAGCCAAGGAGAGCAUCAAACAGAAGUUCGCAGGGGCGCGCGGGACUAGAUGACGAACAUAGCAGUGGCAGUGUUGCUGUCAAAGACGACCGCAAGCAUGCAGAUAGCAGGGAUGCGAAGGAUGACAGACGUUCGAGAGGCAGUCGAGAUCAGGCGAAGACUGAGGACGAAGAGAAGUCUGAUGAGCACAAGAAACCUCUUUCUGAGGACAAACAUGACCAGGGACGGAGAUACUCCGAUUCACGUUCACAAAAGGAGGGGCACAAAAAACCGAGUGAGGUCGAGAGGUCCAGCUACAGUGAUGACGAAGAUCACAAGUCCAGGCAUCGAAGUCGCAAGGAAAAUAAUGGCGAAGGAGACCGGCACUCAUGGCAGGCGAAAGCUGCCAGCGACGACAAGUACAAAAGAUCGGAGCGAGGGGAAAAAGAUCAACGGAAGGAUGAGGACUGGGCAAAAAAAUCUUAUCGAGAACGGGACGACGUGAGGUGGAAGGAAGAGGAAGCUCGAAGGUCGAGAGGGAAGGAGGAAGAUGUCUCGCGCAGCAGCAGAAGGGAAGACGAAGGACGGAAAAGAGACAAGGCAGAGGAGUACCAUCCCCGGAAGGACAGGGAGGAGUCCUGGAAACGGGACAGAGACCGGGAUGACCCUCAGAAGCGAAGGUCUGCUUACGACGACGGCUACGAGAGGAGGGACAGAGAAGAAGACAGGUACUCGGAUCGGAGCAGACGCCAUGGUUAUGAAGAGGAAGACGAGUAUCUGCGCCGGAGAAGUAAGCACUCUGAUCGGAAAGACUAUCGCGACGAGGAAGAGUACUCGUACGACCACCGCGGUGGAAGCUCUCGUGGCGGACGAGAACACUCGGAUGAUAGAUACAAGGAGGAAGAGCGGGUGUACAGAGACAAGUAUGGAUGGAGCAGCAGAGGCAGGGACGAUAGCAGCAGGCGAAAUGGCUCGACUUCCGACUACUUGGAUGAAAAGGAGAGGAAGAAGCGGAAGACUGAUGAUUAUCAGAAAAGUGUCCAUGCAGAGAAGGUGCAAGCCAGAGAGACCACCGAGGACGAGGCAGCCGCGGCGGUGACAACGGUGGCACACGAGAAGAAGCGAUCUUCCAGGAGCGAAGCUCAUCACGGCGGCCGGGGAGGAGAUGACAGUUACUACUCCGACGAGGGGGAUGACGAUGAUAAGCACAGGAAAGGCAGGUCCAAGAUGGAGAGGCUUAACAGGGAAAGGCCGACGAUCGAUGAUCAGGAAGAGAAACUUGGGAAGGUUGCUGCCAGGUCCCAGGAUCCAGUGAAAGGAUCCGCGACGACUCUGGCUGGAUCAUCGGCAGCGAGCAGUGGAGAGAAGCCCAAGCAAGAAGUGGAUCCAUUCGCGAAGAGGCGCGAGAGGUUCCAGUCGCAAAAGCCCGAUAGCUCCGCCGAGAAGACGAAGAAAACCAACGACAAAGCUUCCAUCCAGGCCGAUACGUCGGAGUUUAAGCACGAGAGACCGGCGAGGAAGCGACGUUGGGCUUAGCGAAAAAUCGGGCCAACCUUACCAAUGUAUUUAUUCUUUGCUAAAGUUUUUUUGCUUGAUUGAUCUGAUCGGACGGCU